ACUUGUAGGUAUGUAUGUAAACGUCAACGUAUGUUAUGACUGUGUGUGUGAUGUUUCCAAUUUUCAAUAUGAAUAAUGGCGGACAGUGCUAAAACGUAGGAUCUUUCUACGUUUGUGAAUGUUUAAUUAGUGAAAUAACGUGAAUGUAAUCAUCCAAAAUUAAGUCCCUCCAAAGAGUGAGUCGGGGUGGGCGGAAAAGAGCGAUGGCGGAGAGUAGGAGUUCGGACAAUGUCGUGAUGCCGGACAUUUCCGAAGGCGAGGGGCUGUCGGCCGCGAGCGAGCACGACGCCGAGCGCGGCGACGGCGCCGCUCUGGCCAGCGGCAUCAAGAGCGCGCGCCUCUCCAGCGACUCCAACGGCGUGGUGGCGGUGCCCGUGUCGCUGCCCGUCGGCACGCUCAUCGCCGGGACCACCUUCAACGUCAUCACGUCCGACCAGCUGCCGCACUUCAAGCCGAUGCUGUGCGUGGACAACGGGUUCAUCACGGGCUCGCCGGUGAACGACGAGAUGAAGGCGACUCACAUCGUGAUCCAGAACCCGUCCCCGCCGGGCCGCGGCGGCGGCGGCGGUGGCGGCGGCGGGGAGGGUGCCAUGAGCGCGCGCACGUGGGAGGAGACGGCCAGCAUGCCGGUGCUGCCCGUGCGCUGCAAGAACACCUCCGCAGAGCUGCACAAGAUGCGCUUCGGCUCGGGCGGGCGCGGCCGCUGCAUCAAGUAUGGGCUGGAGUGGUACACGCCGAGCGAAUUCGAGGCGCUGUGUGGCCGCGCCUCCAGCAAGGACUGGAAGCGCUCCAUCCGCUUCGGCGGCCGCAGUAUCCAGGCGCUCAUCGACGAAGGCAUCCUCACCCCGCAUGCCACCAGCUGCACCUGCGGGGCCUGCUGUGACGACCAGUCAGUCGAUGAUACACUUUCAGCAAUGGGCCCUGUGAGAUUGUUUACUCCUUACAAAAGACGGAGACGCACCCCACAAGAUAUGGAGGAGAAGAAGCAAUCUAAAAUAAAGAGAGAUUCUAGUAUUGGGGAGAGUGAGGUGGACAACAUCCAUCAGACAAGCAACAAUAGUCAUUCCAAGGAGGCGUGGCAGACGCUGGCCGAGGGGCUGGACACCACCACCGACUACCACUUGUUGGAGGCCACUGACACUCCUCCGGACCCUUCCUCAGUGAUCCCCGAGAUGGGCGGCGUGCUGAAGCGUCUCGACGACAUCAGCCAGACGUUACUGCGCGUGGCCGGAGAGCUCAAGCAGUGCGUCGAAGACGUGAGGGUCGUGAGCGCGAGACAGGUGGAGCGGCUGGAGCAGGAGCGCGCGGCGGCUCUACUGGCGGCCAGCGUGGACGCGCAAGUGGACGCCGAGCACGCCUCGCUACACAACAUGGAAGACGCCGAGCCGAAGAAGGUGUUGCAGUGUGCGAACUGCAACCGCGAGGCGUCGGCCGAGUGCUCGCUCUGUCGUCGGACGCCCUACUGCUCCACGUACUGCCAGAAGAAGGACUGGGCGUCCCACCAGAUCGAGUGUCUCCGGUCCGUGCCGUCGAUACACGCGGAGCCGCAGCAGCACCAGAGCAUCAUGUUCAUUGUGGAGAGCCAGCACCAGUAGUCAGGUGCAUUGGCUGCUAACUUAUCAACCAAAAAUAUUAUAUUAAGAGGCACUUAAGUACCACCACUUGAGUACGCUCCUUACAUCUAAUGUAAGUUGUAAAUAAUUUAAUUUAAAACCUUCCUUAUAACGUUUAUCAAGUUCCACUUUUAAUUAGGCAUUUCCUAAAUGUUGAGUAGGUAAGAAGUAUGAUAGUGUUAAUAAUGUUAUGUUGUUGGUCCUUUAUUUUGUGUUAUUUCGGUUCUAUUAUCGCGUGGUGCAUUAUUUUACGCACACGCGCACAUAUUCACAUAGCUUCAGUAACUAGGUUGUAUUGUACACUUUGGUACCCUCCAAACAAACUGCUUUUUCCAACAGUGACGGUUUGUGAGUUUGAUAAGCAAGGUUAAUUACAAGCAAUUACAAGUGUAUAACUAUGGUUCGCGCCACCACUGAAGUCCGAUAGACGUGAGGCACGCGCGUAAUGUUUACGUACGCAAAAGUGUCACUGCAUGUCAGAU